CUUUCUUGGUCUCAUCGAGGUGACUGUCGAGUGUGCGCUAUGAUCUCGUCUAUCCCCUUUGCCCUUGCAGUGGGAUGCCAACGUACAGCCAUCGGACGUCGAUAGCUCACCUCACCUCUUCAAACUCGCUUCCGCGUGCGCACGCUGCGCGCAAUCGGCGCCGACGCUUCGCGACGCACCUAUUUCAGCUUCCGCUCACCUUAAGCCACAAAAGGCGGAUUUUGGCAAGCUUUGCCAUCGGUCACCAGCUCAGCGUCAUACCACCUGCAGCCGCCCUAUUGGUGUCUGUGCUGCAAAGUCAGGCUUUCUACCCUUCUUCGACGCCUGACGUUGGCUUCUGUGACCUCUCGACCAUCCUUCCCCCACGACUGCCAUUCCAAACGCCACCCGGAUAUUGUCACCUCUCAAAUUGGCGGGAUUGGCGCAAGCCACUGUCACUCUCCUCACUCGGCUGUGCACAUCCAUUCCGUCGGCGCGAAUACCUGUCCAUGUUCCAAUUGCGGAGGGUAUCUUUAUUGUGUAGGUAUGCUCUUUAACGCGCGACAGUCUCGAGUUAGCCCAGCAGAGUCUCGCUUCACCUGAUCUUCAGGCACUGCGCCGCCCGUGCUUCCGACGAUUUGCAGCGGGCUAAGGCACCAUUUCACUCGCUAGCACUGCACGCCCGGGAACCUGUCACGCACUCAUCUGCGCUGUCUCCGCGUGGCGUCUUUCGUUUCUGAUACAGGGCACCUCUUAAGAACAUUCCCAUCCAUUAUCUCCCCGUUGUCCAAGUAUCGACAUUCCACGCCACGUACAAAUUGACACCGUCAUCGUCUGCGUAGAGAUUGCGUCCAUUCCCCGACGCGUCUCGACUGGCGUGCCCAGCAUCCAUCCUCGGUGCCAACCUCUUAUACUCACAC